AUGGCAUUCCAACCCAAGUUUCCCUUCAGCCGAUCCGAAGACCUGUCAGGAUGGGACGUCCCCCGAACCAGAUGGCUAGACAGCCAGGCCGCGCAGGGGACCAUGCUGAACGGUCUGAUGACGAGCGCCAUCGUAUUCGACACGGACCAGGAGAGACGACGUAUCCUGCUCCUCAAGAGAGCAGCACACGACAGCAUGCCAAACAGGUGGGAGCCGCCGGGCGGCGGCGUAGACGCCGAGGACGCCUCCAUCCUGAACGCGUGCGCGAGGGAGCUGUACGAGGAGGCCGGCCUGGUGGCCACGCGCGUGGUCAGGGAGGUUGUCGAGGGGAGGAGGACGUUCAAGAAUAGGACGGGGGAGAGGGUCUUCGUCGCCGUGGUGUUUGAGGUUGAGGUUUGCAACGAUGAUGAGAUGGGCGAAGACGACCAGCGCAGUAGCGGAGAUGGGAUCUCUGGAAGGACGGGCGAGCGAGGCGAGGAUAGCCAGCGCAGCGAAGAUGGAAUUCCUGUAAGGACGGGCGAGCGCAGCGAGAAAACAGAAGUGGAGUUGAGAGUCAAGCUCGAUCACAAUGAGCACUCGGCUUGGCGGUGGGCAACCGAGGAGGAAGUCAGACGAGAAAAGAUGAUGGGGCAAGACAAGGACGGGAAGACGGUGAUACUGGGGGAUAUGCCCAUCACUGACAGGCACGUGAGGGAUAUGCUGCUCGGCGAAUUUGCCAAGAAGCGUUCCCAGAUAGCAUGA